AUGGAAACAUUUCGAAGACCGUUUAAAGCAGUUGACACAAAUCUCCAGAAUGACUUUUUCUCUGAGGAAGAAUUAAGAUAUGUAUCGAAUGAUCUACGCAAAAUUAUUGUACAGCAUAGUAAAAUUGUAGAGUUUUCGGCCAGAUUUUUAAAAGUUUUUGGACCAAUGCUGCUGCUUAGUUAUUUAUUUCAUUUUGUGAGCGGCUGUGUGCUACUCUUCGAGUGCUCUCAGAUGAAUAAGGAGGAUGCAGCGCUUUAUUUGUCAUUAACUUUCGUCUUAUUUCAACAAAAUAUACAAAUAUCAUUUGCAUUUGAGCUACUUACGUCAGUGAGUAGCGAUUUUAGUACCGCAGUAUACAAUCUCCCUUGGGAAUGUAUGGAUGUGGGCAAUAGAAAGAAGGUCCAUAUAAUGUUGAUGAAAUCUCAGAGAUUAUUGCCUGUUAAAGCUAUGGAUAUGAUAAAUGUUGGAGUGCGAACUAUGGUCUCGAUUUUAAAAGCAUCAGUCACCUACUUCAUCAUGUUGAAAUCGUUUGCAACAAAA